AUGGACUUCCCCAGCUCCCUCCCACCCUCAUUGUUCAUGACUGGCCCCCUUGGUCAGAGUGAUGUCCCUGACCUGUCGUUCAUGUGCAGCUGGAGAUAUGCGCUGACCCUGCCAGCAUCCUCGCCCCAAGGCUCUCAGGACAGGGCGCCACACGUGGCCAAGGACCUGCUCUGGGAGCCGGACAUGCCCGGGCCCCUGCCCUUGCUGCCUCCUGGCCCCGAUCCCUGGGACCCUGGCCUGACUGCCAAAGAUCUGCUUUUCCGGGGAGGCUACCAGUUCCGGAGACAUCCCCGAGCCGUGCUGGAUGUUACUGAGCAGGUCAGCCGGUUCUUGUGGAACCACGGAGACAUAGCCUUUGCACCCCUGGGGAGGCUACUGCUGGAGAAUUUCAAACUGGAAGGAGCACAUAGCCGCUCUAAGACGAAGACAGUGGUCAGUGUGAAGAGGCUACUCCAGGACCUCGGUGGACACCAGCCCUGGGGCUGUCCCUGGGCUUACCUCAGCCAGCGCCAGCGCCGGUUCUCCAUCCUUGGGGCCCCAAUCCUGAGCACGUCGGUGGCGAGCCUCCUGGGAGAGCUGCUGCAUGAGGAGCUGGCCCUGCGCUGGGAGCGGCUGCUCCUGGAUGAUGUCUGCACUGGGGGCGCGCUGGCUUGGGUGCCCGGCAGGACCCCCGGGGCCGGGCAGCUGGUCUACCCCGUGGGCAGCACCAUGGACACACUGUGUUUCCAGAAGGUCAGUCUGACCCCAGAGAGCGAGCCCCAGGUUCUCAGAGACCCUGGCCGUAUCCAGCUCCGGGGACCUGUCCGGCAGGUGGUGACCCGCAGCGUGCAGGGAGAAGCUCUGCUGGCUGUCCGCUCUGACCACCACUGUGCCCUGUGGAAGGUCAGUACGCAGGGGCAGCCAGCCCCUCUCCAGGUGCUGCAGGUGGACAAGGGGGCCACAGGGAUCAGCCUCAGCCCUCACCUGCCCGGAGAGAUGGUCAUCUGCAGCCGCUCCGGAGCCGUCUGUCUGUGGAGCACCGAAGAUGGGCUGCGGCAAAUCUACAAGGACCCUGAGACCCUGGUGUUCCGGGACCCUUCUCCCUGGCGCUGGGCAGACUUCACCGCCCACCCUCGAGUGCUGACGGUGGGUGACCGCACCGGAGUGAAGAUGGUGGACACUCAGGGCCCGCCAGGCUGUGGUCUGCUGCUCUUUCGUGGAGGGGCAGAGGCGUCAUGCCAGAAAGGAGAGCGGGUCCUGCUUACCCAGCACCUGGGGGAUCUUGGCCCCGAGUCUCUGCACCCCAUGCUCCACCUCGUCUGCACCCAGUUCUCCGUCUACCUGGUGGAUGAGCGCCUCCCCUUGGUGCCCUUGUUCAAGUGGAACCACGGCCUCCGCUCUGCACCUCUGCUGGCCCAGCUGCUGCCCCCGCCGCGCCCGGGCCUCCCCCAGCCACUGCUCCUGGCUGGCCAGGGCGGAGAGCUACAGCUGCUGCACCUCGAAGGUGAGGUGCCAGGCGGGGCAGGGGGGUGGGUGGGGCAGGCCUGGACAGGGCCUCAGCUGUCUGUCCCUCCUACAGGAGCGGGGGCCUCCACGCCCCGGCUGGCAGGGCUCCCCCAGUCUCUCCCCACCAGGAGCGACUCCCUCUCUGCCUUCCCCCUGCUGGAGCCCAAGAGUCACCAGAGGCUGCAGGAGCGUCUGAAAGCACCCACCAUAGGUGCGUUGGGGGCCGGAGCGGGCAGAGAGCCACACCCCCCAGGCCUUCUGGUCACUGUCCUUCCGUCCCCAGGUCUGGCCGCUGUCAUCCCACCCCCUGCCUCCAUACCAGUGCUGUCGCUCUUCCAGCUUUCCGCGGCCGGAGACGUCUUCUACCAGCGUCUCCACCUCCAGACAGACCCCGGGCCCAACGCUCAUGCCCCCGCAGCUUCCUGGACACCCCAGGCCACUGCCUGCUGCAGCCGGUGGCUGGAGGCCCUGCUGGCGGUGCCCCUGGCUCCCCCAGUGUGGGCAGCACCCACCUUCUCCCACCGCCGGCUGCUGGGCGGCUUCGAGCCUCAGAAGGUGGAGGGGCCGGUGCCCGAGGGUCUCCGCAGGGCCAUGGCCCAGGGGCGGCUGCUGCAGCAGAGGGACCUGGGCUUGCUCCCCCCGGAGGAGCGGCCCCCUGCCCCCGAGCCUGGCCCCGAGGAUGAGCUCAGCGAGCGUCUGGAGGCAGCCUGGGAGUUCGGUGCGGCGGCCUGGUGGGAGAGGCAGCGGGGUGGGCGCGCGGGGCCUGGGAAGCAACCCAAGCGGCAGAAGCGGCGGACUCAGCUGUCGAGCACCUUCUCCUCCCUCAGUGGCCGCGUGGACCUCUCAGAUGCUGCCAGCCCCCCGCCCAGCCCAGGCCGCACGGUGCCCGAGGCCAGGCCCCAGCCCCCAAGGACCCCGCCCUCCCAGGAGCUUACCCAGGAGCCCUGGGCCCAGGGUGUCCCCUCGGAGCGGCAGCAGACCCUCCGUGACUACAUGGCUGAGCUGCCGCUCCACGCAGACACCCCAGGAGGGGCCUCUACACUCUCCUCCCAGACCCCCAGCGUCCGGGCCACACCCUCAGGGCAGCAUGCCCCCCAGGACGGCACGUUCCAGCAGCUGCCCCGAGGGGACACCCCAGAGGGCGCUACCCUCCCCUCCUCCCAGACCCCCAGCGUCCGGGCCACACCCUCCAGGCAGCACACCCCCCGGGACGGCAUGGUCCAGCAGCUGCCCCGAGGGGACACCCCAGAGGGCGCCACCCCGCCUUCCUCCCAGACCCCCAGCAUCCUGGCCACACGCUCUGGCUCUCAGCGGCUCCGGAAGAAGCCCCGCAUGGGUUUCUGA